UAAAUGCCAAUUCUUUUUUAUGUGUAUAGAAUACAUAAUACACAUAGAUGUCGUAGGAAUAUCUUCUACCAAUGAAUGAUCAGCUGAUUCUCCCACUCAUUUAUUUUUUAGCAGACGACGUAAAAGCUGUGUGUAUAGUGUUCAGUUAUUAGAUAGAAGACUUGAGUAUAAAGGUUCAGCUUUUUGUUGGUGGACAUUCAUCGACAAAGAUAAAAACUUAAUCAUUAUUUUAUAAUUUAAUAAACUUAUGGCUGAUCAUGAAGUUGUCAAGUCUAAAAGUUGGUUUUGGGGAUGGUUUAGUUGGUCGGGAUCAUCUUCAACCAUGUUACGUGCUGCAGAGAAAAAAAUACUUUCUUGUUUGAAAACAGCAUACCGGGGAUGGUAUGUGGAUAUUGGUCCUGUAGUUGGUACAGCUGAUAAAAUAUGGACUAUCUCUUUAAACGAAGAAUCACCAAGAACACCUAUUGUUCUUUUACAUGGUUUAGGUGCAGGUGUAGCUCUUUGGUGUUUAAAUCUUGAUGCAUUUGCAUCACAAAGACCAGUAUAUGCCAUAGAUCUUUUAGGUUUUGGUAGGAGUAGUAGGCCAGUCUUUAGUUCAGAAGCAAAAGAAGCAGAAGAACAAUUAGUUCGUUCUAUCGAAGAAUGGAGAAGAGAAAUGCAAUUAGAAAAAUUUGUAUUAUUGGGACAUUCGAUGGGUGGUUUCCUUGCUGCAUCUUAUACUAUGCAAUAUCCAGAAAGGGUAAAACACUUGAUUCUUGCGGAUCCUUGGGGAUUCCCAGAAAGACCUUCAGAAGUAGUAGCAAAAGCAAAUGUUCCUCUUUGGGUUAAAGCCAUAGCUUACGUAGUGCAACCAUUAAAUCCUUUGUGGGCAGUAAGAGUUGCAGGCCCAUUUGGACAAUGGCUUAUUGAGAAAACUCGGCCAGACAUAGUUAAGAAAUUCACUCCAUUACUUAAAGAUGAUACAGGAAUAAUUUCGCAAUAUAUACAUCAAUGCAAUGCACAAACUCCAUCUGGAGAAAGUGCUUUUCGUGCCAUGAUGCAAGGUUUUGGUUGGGCAAAGAAUCCUAUAGUUAAACGAAUGGAUAAAUUAAAAUCAGAAAUUCCAAUAACAUUGUUAUAUGGUAGUCGUUCUUGGGUAGAUAACACAGCUGGUGAACUUAUCAAACAAUCUCGUUCAUCAUCGUAUGUUAAUGUCCAAGUUAUAUCAGGAGCAGGACAUCAUGUUUAUGCUGAUAAAAGUGAUAUUUUUAACAAACACGUAUUGGAAGCAUGCGCUUUAACUGAUUCAACUCAGUUAUUAACAAAUUCAAAUAUAAAUUUAAUUUCAAAAUAUUCAAUGGAAGAUGAUGAUGAUAUUUUACUUAAAAUAAAAAAUGAUACAUCGGAACCUCAAAGAGUAGAUGAUGAACAAGAAUUAAAUGCACAACGACCAAAAUCUAGUUAAUGUAUAUUUCAUUAUUUUAUAAAAAGGAAUUUUAUUAUGAUAAAAUAUGUACACAGAUAUGCACAUAUGAACUUAUACAUGGCCUGCAUGUAUUAAUGUAUUAUAUUUAAGAAAAGAAAACAAAAAGUACAAUUACUUAUGCGAUGUUAAGAAUUUGAAAUAUUAUAAUAAUAGUUAUAUAUAAUUUGAUUAAAAGUAGGAUUUUUUAAAAGUCACAUUAUAAAAGCUUACUAAAAUUUCUUCAAUUAUGAUUCUCUAUUAUUAAAAAUACAAUGUUAGUAUUAUAUCUGACUUAUUUUGAUACUUAUUUUCCAAUUUUGACAAUAUGUUUGGAUAAAAAUAGGAA